AUGAUCUCUGUGGUGAACAGAAGACGGGUUAUUUGCUAUUACACAAUUUUGACAACAUAUUUCGUAAGUGUUACUUUGUGUGGAGUGUCGUUGAUAACACUGACUGCAAUAAGUGUGGACAGACUUCUCGCUUUGCUACUGGGUCUCAGAUACAGACAAGUUGUAACUUUGAAAAGAACUCGUUUUAUUUCUGUUGGUGGUUGGAUUGUGUUUAUUGUCGGUGCAUCUACCUCCUUUCUUAGUCGUUUUAUAGUUUCAUUGUACGCAUAUAUAGGUGCAGCUUUUUGUUUACUCCCUACAAUCUGUGCCUACACAAAAAUCUUCAUGUCUCUGCGUCAUAACCAAAUUCAUGGUGAGAACCAUGUUGUUCAAGGACAAUCGAGCCAAGUAAAUACACUGAAUAAAGCUCGAUACAGAAAGGCAGUGUACAGUGCACUGUGGGUGCAGGUAACAUUGCUUAUUUGUUAUCUGCCGUUCGUUAUAGCUGAAGCUUUAACACCUCAAAGGGGAAUGCAGUUAUCUACUUACCUUGCUAGGGGAUUUACAAUUACUUUAGUGUAUUUAAACUCGUCGUUAAACCCGUUUCUGUACUGCUGGAAGAUCACAGAAGUGAGACAAGCUGUAAAAGAAACAUUACAACAACUACACUUCUGUACCUGA